AUGGAAGCACGAUAUCGUCGCCGUGUCUUAAGUCGCCUUCAGCGUCAAACUGCGGAGAAAAUUGUCUAUACCGAAUUGUCGGAUGAUGUCGGAGGCGAGCACAACAACAACAACAACAAUAACAACGACAGUCUCAACAACAACAAUGAUCACAACCAUAAUGAUCAACAAUGCGUAGACGUCACUCUCAGUCCCAGCAAGGGCGAAAAGGAGAACAGUGCUCCCACCCCGACGUCGGUAUCGUCGCCACUUCGAGCCAUGUAUCGAAUGACAUUGGGUGUUGGGAGUCAACGAACUGGCUUUCAGAACUUGGAUCGAGACAGCGGGGAUCAGCGAGGCGCUUCGCCUCUACGAAAGAUUAAAACACCCACAACACCUUUAUCGGAAACUCCGUCUCAUCGCUUCCAAAACGAUUUCAUUACACCGUCGUCGCCCUUGUUGGGACAGGCUCAGUCUAGUAAUUCUGAGUCACAAGGCAGUCGCGAUGCCUUUCACAACAUUUCGGAUGUUUUCAAGGCUGCAUUGGAAGCUGAAUUCACCAAAACCGACUUUCAAGAUCCGUACGCCAAUGCCAUGGCAUCGGAGCCUCGUCGUGGUCUACAUCGUCGUAGAGGAAGAUCGAGAUCCCGAUCUCGGUCAAGAUCUCUAUCGCAAUCACGCUUCGGCUCGACGGACGAAAGCAGUGAACUACCUCCUAGAAUAGGACGCCGACGAGUGAGGGACGGCAGCCCUGGCAAUAGACAUCCAUCCCCCACCAUAAUGAAGAAGCAAACACGGAGCCCCAGUCCCCACAGGCCUCCGACUCCAAACUUGUACAUCAGAGUGCAACAACAGCAGCAACAACAACAAGACCAGCAACAACGUUCAGGAGGAGAUCCUGCCCCAUUUGAUGAAAAGGAAAGUCGUCGUCGUGCUGAGAGAGAUCGGAUCCUGAGAUUGAUGAAUGGAUUGGAUGCUCUGCUAGUAGAUACACCGAGGAAUGCAAACAGCGGCGGUGGCACCCCCAGCAACAUUCAAAGACCUCCAAAAUCUUCUACGCCGACCCCUACUAAUACUGCAACAGCCACUGCUACAGCUCAAGUUAAGGCUGCAUCGGUGCAAGAGCGCGCAAAGAUCAAGAGCCUCAUGCAUGGACUCGAUCAACUCCUGGUGGACACUCCUACCAAUGCUGCUAGAGCGAAAAACUCGUCGCCAUUUCAAGAGUCUCCGAAUGUACGCAGUAGGCCGCCCUUGUCCUCCUCAAACACUAACAACAAGGACAGAAAUCCUAUCCAUCACCAACAACAACAUGUUGCCAUCAAUUCCUUUGCGCCAGGAUCCAUUCAUACUGGAACUACAAACACAUUGUCUACAGGGACGUCCACUAGUAGCACAAGCACGUCAUCGGAUGAAGAUGGCGUUCCUCCACCAGCUACUAUUCGGACAAAGACUACGGAUGUAUCAGCGCUCACUUCUCGGGGGACAGUGUCUGUGCUAUCUACCGACACUGAAGAUGAUACACAGCAUAGUCGUCAAAGCUAUAGUUCGGCAUCGACUCAAGGUACCGACGUUACCGAAAACCAGCACCUUUCAAUCACAACUAUGGAUCAACUUCUGGCUCCUAGUAGCACCAUCAGUAGCAAUGGAAUACUCAGCAGAACGACUGAUAGCGGCAUUGAAAUGCGACUGAAUGAACUGACUCCUCGCAGCCAAGUUUCGUUGCUGAUUCAAAAAAGCUCCAGUGGUUCUGUAGUUGGCAUUGGGGGGGAGUUUCUUCGGCGGCCGAAGACCAACAAAACCAAGUCUCGCUCGAUUCGCGGAAGCUUUGAGCACCAAAUAACACCAAAACGAAGUGGAGGUAGCUCGCUUCUGGAAGAAGCAUUACGAGAGCAAGAGGAAGAUUUUCUGCAGCAAGACAUGCUUCGUGAGACUCAGCAGAACCCUUUGCAUCCGAUUGCGUCACUGAAUCACAUUGACCAAAGGUUGGCUAGCAAACAGAGUAGCGUUUCUACGCUCACCAUGAACACCAUGGAACAGCAACAGGAACAGCAACAAGGGAAUGGGGAUUUUGCGGAAAUAUCUGAAUUGCCGUGUCAACAGGUUUUGUCCGAAAUAACAACGAUGACUACUCAAAAAAGCUGCGACGACACAGUGACGUCGUCGCAGCAGGACGCGAGUGAAGACAGGAUGCCCAAUAAAGUCUUUCCGAGGAUUGAUGAAGAAGUGGCGAUGACACAAACUGCCCAACCGCGAGAGCAGGUUUCGAAAUCAAGCGACGACCUUUCUCUUGGGCAACGUCCUUCCCCUUCGAAAGAAGGAACUGACAAUCACCAGACGUUGAGGCGGAACCCGUCAGACGAGCAGCCACACUCCGAUGCUUCGCUGCACUUGGAAGUGUUUUAUGAUGCCAUAUCUGAACCAGAUCUACCAAACAAGGAAGACAGUGAAAGCGAAGACAAUAAUGGUGGUGAAGUGAAUAAGGAUGAGCCUGGGGCCAAAGAAAUGGUCAAUCCGGGGCUGGUAGGGCAGGAUCAUGUUGUCCAGACACAACAUGUUGACAUGCCAAAGCCGCUACCAUCUCCAGACGAUACGCGGGAUCAAGGACAACAGCAGCAGCUUGAGCAAGAGAUUUCGACCGAAGUCUCACCACCCACCGUGACCAAGGACGAAGAAUCUUCGGAAGAGGAACAGUCACAAGAGAAUGAUGUCGUCGAAGUUCCUUGUCCCGUAGCAACCAACGCAAGCUCUUCAACGGAAACGUAUGGGUCACUUCACCAGCAGAAGAACCUAGGUGAAAAUUCACUGCCUUCGACAUCUGACGAGGGUCCGUCCACAGAUCCGAAAGAACCCCAAAGUAUUUCAAGCGGGGAGUCAAACGUGCAGCCAGUGGCUGCGGAAGAGACUGCCUCAAACAGUGUUUCGUCGAACCCACCCAUCCCAGAAAAGGAAACCUUGAAUUCUUAUCCAAGCGUCAAAGCACGGAUUAAAGCUCUCUCGGAUACGCCGGUGCAGGCAUCGCCAGACUUCAAGUCUUUAUCGCAUGAACAUCUUUCGAAUCACGACAGCGCCCAAUCGUCAACCCCAAGCAAGUCUCUGCACUCAUCAAGUCUCGCAUCUGUUGAUGGACAACGUGAAUCAUCCGCUGCUGAUAUACAUUCGAGAUCAAGCACUGCAGAUACACAAGAAGCUAUGUCAGUUACUGUGGCUGGAUCUUCAUCGGGAAACGCGACUGGAGCACCAGAGCAAGGACCUGCUUCUGCUUCCAUUGAAGUGCACAGCCAUGCAUCCCAGAGCCACACAUGUCAGAGCCACGCAUCUCAGAGUCAUGCAUCUCAGAGCCACGCAUCUCAGAGCUAUGCAUCCCAGAGUCACGUAUCCCAGAGUCAUGCAUCUCAGAGCCACGCAUCUCAGAGCCAUGCAUCUCAGAGCCACGCAUCUCAGAGCCAUGCAUCUCAGAGCCACACAUCUCAGAGUCACAAUCACCAGUCACAGAGUUAUGUUUCUCAGGGUCCUGAACACGUGUCAAUGCAACAUUCAUCCCAUUCAUUGCCUUCACAUCCGCAAAAUGGUGCUGCAGGCCCCAACAGUUCUCUGGAACAAGCUAACACGGCAACGAAUGCUGCGUUGGCGUUCUCAUGUGGCCUUGAACAAAACUUUCACCAGCCCGGUAGUGUGUCCCACAUAUUGCCCCCAGGGUACAUUGAUCACGAUCCGAAAGAUGCAAACCACUCAGUACCAAACCAGGGAAAUCCCAAUGCAGCACACCUGUACCACGGACACCCAGGCUACGGGUUGCAAGCUAUUCACCAUCAAAGUGGAGCGCAGGGAACUAUUCAACACGCCUCAGGUGCACAUCAUCACCCAUAUUCGAAUGCACAACAUUAUUUCAUAGGUCAAGGCCAUGUACCCGAGCUGCAUCCGACUCACCACAACCAUCAGCAUUUGAUUGGAAACACGGGUCACGCUGAUCACAAUCAUGCAGGCAGUGGGCACCCUGCUGUUGGGGUGACAAUGGCCCCAGUCCUUCCGCCUCCUCGACACUACAAACCAAACAUACCGCCACGGCCCACGUCCUCCACCACCACGACCAUGCCGUAUCAACACGCAGCUGCAGACGGGACAAGCCACCUUGGCCAUGUGCACUCGGCACUGAACAAUACGCGACUAGAGAUUGGAACAAUGCCACCAUCCUCGCAUCCCAGAAAAGUUCUUGCACGAAGCAUCGAAAGCCAAGAAGCCCAGUUUCAUCACGGGACCAACGAAAUAGUUGACAAGAGUCUUGCAUCAACCCCAGUGGCAAAAACAAAGCACAGCCGCUACCAUCGCGGUGGUAAAUUCCACGAUGAUCCUGUCCUGUCAUCUGUGUCAAGCGGCAUGAAUCACCAACCCGACAAUACAUCGAGAAGGCCACAAAAAGAGUGGGAAACAUCGACCAAAUCGAAGGAAUUACCCCCCAGGGAAAGUACUAGGCGAUCGCAAAGACGGACUUUGAAAGAGAGUCGAACACCAGACGAGACGCCAAGAUCUCAAAAUCGCAGCAGGCACUCUGAAAGGAGAAGGUCAAGUGCAGAAGACGAUGUCACUGUUGCGCAAACCACAGUUACGAAUGGAUCAGACUAUAUUGGGGGGACGACCUAUAGUAGCUGUCAAUCCAGCUAUGAGGACGACGAUGACGAUGACGAGCGCACUUCCGUAGGAGGCGCCUUUGCUCAAAAUGUCAUGGGUAUGUUUGAGGGUUUGAAAUUCCCUAGUUUCACUAAUUGCGUCACAUCAACCAAAGGAGUUAUAGAGAACAUGGCAUUGGGAGCUGAGAGGGCAUGUUUGAAGUCUUCAGAUGUGCCGGACAACGAGAAGAAAUCGGAUGGAAAUUCAAGGCGAGGAGGUCGCCGUCGUUCUAGGUCGCAUCGAUCACAGAGAAAACAUGACCCCGAUGAUGAAUCCUCUCUGGUGCAGCACAAGCAGCAGCAAGAGCCAGAUGGGGUGAAGAAAUUCUGA